AUGGACCCCAGCUUUUACCGCCAUCUCAGGAAGACCAGGUUCCCCCUCCACCCCAAGGACCACAGCAUUUCCCGCGACCCCCGGUUCUCCCGCCAUCCCAGGGACCCGAGCUUACCCCGCCACCCCAGGGAGCAAAGGUUACCCCGCCACCCCAAGGUGCCCAAGUUUCCCCGCCGCCUCAGGGAGUCCAGGUUCCCUCUCAACCCCAGGGACCCGAGCUUACCCCGCCACCCCAGGGAGCAAAGGUUACCCCGCCACCCCAAGGUGCCCAAGUUUCCCUGCCGCCUCAGGGAGCCCAGGUUACCCCGCCACCCCAAGGUGCCCAAGUUUCCCCGCCGUCUCAGGGAGUCCAGGUUCCCUCUCAACCCCAGGAACCCGAGCUUACCCCGCCACCCCAGGGAGCUGAGGCUCCCCCGCCACCCAAGGGACUCGAGCUUGUCCCGCCACCUCAGGGAGCCACCUCAGGGAGCCCAGGAUCCCCAGCCACCCCAGGGAGCCCUGGUUGAACCGCCACGGCAGGGAAACCAGGCUGCCCCGCCGCCCCAAGGGAGCCGAGUUUACCCCGCCUCCCCAGGUAGUUCAGGUUUAACCGCGGCCCCAGGGAGCCCAGGUUGCCCCACCGCCCUAGUUUCCAACGCAAUCCCAGGGAGUCAGGAUUCCCCCGCCACCCAAGGGAGCCCAGGUUUCAUCGCCAACCAAGGGAGCCCAGGCUGCUCCCCCUCUCCAGGAAGGCCAGAUUCCCCCGCCACCCCAGGGAGCCCAUGUUGCCCCGCCUCCCCAGGGAGCCUAGGUUACCCCGCCUCCUCAGGGAGCCCAGGUUUUCCUGCCACCCCAGGGACCACAGUUUCCAACGCCAUCACAAGGAGUCAGGAUUCCCCCUCCACCCCAGGGAGCCCAUGUUCUCCCGCCACCCCAGGGACCACAGUUUCCAACGCCAUCCCAGGGAGUCAGAGUUCCCCCUCUACCCCAGGGAGCCCAUAUUCUCCCGCCACCCCAGGAACCACAGUUUCCAACGCCAUCACAGGGAGUCAGGGUUCCCCCUCUACCCCAGGGAACCCAUAUUCUCCCGCCACCCCAGGGACCACCGGAGUCAGGGUUCCCCCUCCACCCCAGGGAGCCCAUAUUCUCCCGCCACCCCAGGGACCACAGUUUCCAACGCAAUCCCAGGGAGUCAGGAUUCCCCCGCCACCCAAGGGAGCCCAGGUUUCAUCGCCACCCCAGGGAGCCCAGGCUGCUCCCCCUCUCCAGGAAGGCCAGAUUCCCCCGCCACCCCAGGGAGCCCAUGUUGCCCCGCCUCCCCAGGGAGCCCAGGUUUUCCUGCCACCCCAGGGAACACAGAUUCUCCCGCCAUCCCAGGGAGUCCAAAUUCCCACGCCACCCCAGGGAGCCCAGGUUUCCCCGCCGACCCAGGGAGCACAGGUUUCCCCGCCGACCCAGGGAGCACAGGUUUCCCCACCACCCAAGGGAGCCCAGGUUGCCCAGCCUCCCCAGGGAGCAGAGUUUCUCACGCCACCCCAGGGAGCCAGGGUUCCCCCGCCGCCCCAUGGAGCCUAG